ACAGAAAAGAAAAUGAAGAAACUUUGUUUUCUCUUGGCACUUGUAUUCGUCGUUGCUUCAGCUGUAAACUGUCAAAAAUAUAAACCAACAUGGGAGAGCAUUGAUUCUCGACCAAUACCAGCGUGGUAUGACGAUGUUAAGAUCGGGAUGUUCAUAAAUUGGGGGGUUUACUCGGUUCCCUCAUGUACCAGUGAGUGGUUCUGGUGGUACUGGAAAGGUCAGCCGCACGCGGACGUCGUAGAAUACAUGAAGAAAUUUUACCCACCAAACUGGACUUAUGCAGACUUUGCUAAACAAUUCCGAGCUGAGUUUUAUGAUGCCAAUAAGUGGAAGGACAUCAUCGUUGCCUCUGGUGUAAAAUAUGUUGCUCUAGCCUCCAAACAUUGUGAUGGGUUUAGCAUGUACCCAACAAAUGUGACAUAUCAGUGGAAUUCACGAGAUGUUGGCCCGAAGCAAGACCUUGUAGGUCCCUUGAAGGAGGCAUUGAAGGGAACAGGGAUCAAGUUCGGGAUCUACCAUGCCAUGAUUGAGUGGUUCAAUCCUAUAUGGCUGGCAGACCAAAAGAAUAACUUUACAACUCAAAGAUAUGUCAAAGAUUAUAUCCACCCUCAACUUAAAGAGAUAAUCAACACGUACAAACCAGAUCUUCUAUGGAAUGAUGCCUGCUGGUUAGCCCCAAGUUGGUACUGGAAUUCCACCAUAUUCCUUGCAUGGUUAUUCAAUGAAAGUCCUGUCAAAGAUAACAUUGUUGUGAAUGAUCGAUGGGGAUAUGACUGCUUCUGCAAACAUGGAGGGGUGUGGACAUGUUCUGAUCGUUUUCAUCCUGGACAUGUUAUGCCACAUAAGUGGGUCAAUGCCAUGACGAUAGACAGAGGUUCAUGGGGAUUCAGAAGAAAUGCUGACCUGAGUCAGUAUUACUCCAUAGAAGAACUCUUGGAGGAAGUGAUUUACACCAUAAGCUUUGGUGGGAACAUUCUGAUCAAUGUUGGACCAACAGCUUGGGGGACCUUUGCCCCAAUCUACGAGGAGAGAUUCCGUCAGCUGGGGUCAUGGUUGAAAGUGAAUGGAGAAGCUAUUUAUAAAACAACACCUUGGACUCAUCAAAAUGACACAGAGUCCAACAGAGUAUGGUACACAGCAUCAAAGGGAGACAAGAAAGUGAUUUACUCUUUGUUGCUGGAUUGGCCGUUAAGUAAUGAAGUCUUAUUGGGGUCACUGAAGGAUAUUCCUGUCUCUGCAGUGACUCUGCUGGGGUCAGAUGCAGUGAUGUACUUUUUCCAGGAGGCUCAUGGACUUCGAGUUUUAUUCCCCGUCCUCAAUAUACGUAAAAUGCCUUGUCAGUGGGCCUGGGCUUUGAAAAUAACACUUAAAUAGGAAUUGAUACAAAUUAGCUCAGGUGAUUAUAUGCUUUUUUCUUUUUGAACAUGUUAAAGCAAAAUACUUCUUGUAAAAUAAUAAAUUUUAAUUUAUAUUACCAGUAGUUUUGUCAAGAAAAAGUUAAUAUUCUAUUUUUGGGCCAGUAAAUAUACUAAGCAACAAAAUCACUUUUUUUUUUUUUACAUUUAAGUUGUCAGCAUGGUCAUAUGCAGUUAUGUUGAAAUUAAUUCAGUUUUUAGAAGAGACAUUAAGGAUCUAAAUAUUAAGAAUUUUUAUGACAAAUGGCUAGUACUUAUAUGAUAUACAUGUAGAGGUUGAUAUGCUCACCUAGACAUCUAGAGACAAUGAGUGUCAUUUGUUUGCCGUGAGAUCAAAUUAUCUCUAUGGAAACAAUUAAUUUUAGAAAUUGAAAAUAUAUUUGUGCAUUUAUUUAUUUUUCUGUGUUUUUUUCUUAGUCUAGUUUUUCUUCAUUAAAAAGAAAAUUAACACUUCAAAUAAUAUUUGUAUUAAUGAU